AAUCCACUUGAACUUUAUACUUUCUUUUCUUGCCAUCAUCUUGAAGCCAAUACGGAGUAUUAUGCUGUACGAUCCAACUGGAAAGGCUUAACGCUUAAACACCUACAACCACCAAGCACCGCCACCACAACCAUGUCGCGCCUUCUCCCAUCUUUCACACGCCGCAUCGCGCGCCCUUCAAUCCACUCCAUAUCCCGCCGCGCCUACGCCACGAACCCCUUCGGCCGCGGUCCCUCGCCCCCUCGUCUACCGUCCGAGGAGCAAGCCGAGUUCGAGCGUCUGCAGCGCUCCGCCAACACCCAGGAGCCGCUUGACCCCGUCUCGAAUCUGCCGCUCCGCAAGGGCGCGCCGCCCGAGUUCGAGGGCGAGGUGAAUCCCAAGACGGGCGAGGUGGGCGGACCCAAGAAUGAGCCCCUGCGGUGGGGACACUCGGGCGAUUGGAGUUACAACGGGCGGGUCACGGAUUUCUGA